AUGACUGUUCAUGUGAAGGUUCACACAAUUGGAGUAGGCCGCUGUAGAGCCUUUGACAACAGGCUCUACAACUUCACCGGAAAAGGUGAUCAAGAUCCUUCUCUGAAUGCAACCUAUGCACAAUUUUUGAAGCCAAAUGCACAGACCUGUGCUCUUCUAAUGACACAGCAACAGUGGAAAUGGUUCCAGGGAGCUCUUAAAAAUUUGAUCAUGACUACUAUUCUAUCCUCAAGCAACACAGGUGCAAUCAGACAUGCAGCCCUCUUAACAAACAAGGAUCCGAACAAAAUCGUCCACGAGUUGGAUGACAAUAAGUUCUUGAGGGAGUUUGCUAAAUCGAUGAAGAGGAUGGGGGCCUUUGAGGUCGUUACAGGAAUGGUUUGGUGA